AAGGACACCGUCAGCCUGUGUUCAACCCGCUGCUCCAAGAACACAUUUGAUUGGAUUAGAUUAGAUUAGUUUAGAUGAGGUUCAACUAUCAUGUGCUGUGCUGCAAAUACGGCACGGUGGAAUGCGUCCAACCUGACAGAAAAUAAAUAAAGUAAAGCAAAUUAAGUCAAGUAGCAAUCGUGAGGUAUAUUUUUACGCCAUAACCAGUAUGUUUGUGGUCUAGCCCCGAAGCGUUACGAUGCAGUUUCAUUGAACUGAAUUGUCUCUGUGGCUGUCAUUAACUCUGGUUGCCUGCAGGUGUAAAAAGUUUCAGGCUUUCUGGAUUAGCAGCCGUACCUGUAAUUAGGACGAACCCAGACCCAAGCUUUAUUUAAAGAUCUCCGUCUGCAACCGAUGCAUAGCAACCGUUAUCCCCUUGACCCCAUGGACAGAGACCAUAAUGAUGGGUUUGGGGGAUGCAAUUCUUAAAAUGAUUUGUGUUGAUACAGAAUCUGUGGCAUAUCCUUGCUAUUAAAAGUAAACUGUGUUUAAGUAUGUGUUGGGUACAUCAAAGUGUCCUGUUUAGACUCUUUCUGAAUAUACUGGUACACACAAAUAUAUUUAGGCUAUUUGACCAAUUCUCUUUCUCCAAUAACUGAAUGGAGUCGUCCAUUUUCAUACAAAGGUGCUUUCAUCUUCCAAAAUCCAUUUUGCAUUUCAAAGACAACUUCAACACAUACAAUUCAUCCUUUCCCUUUCUGCCCCAUCCUGCCAACAAAGGCAGUCCUCAAAGCUUUGAAACUGAGGAUGGCUUGUGGGGGGCUCAGCUUCCAGCUGAAUGUAUUCAUCCAGAAAAAGGUUUAUGUCUAUUAAUAGGGGUUCCAUACUGCCUUGGGGGCAUUUCUAGCACAGGACUUUAAAUAGAGCAGGAUUAGGAUCUUGAGUAACUGCUCCAUCUUCUGUACAGGGACACUCAAAUUAGACUUGUGUCGUCUCUCGUCCCCACUGACCUGAAGUUGUUGCUUUGGAUGGUUCUUGUUAUGAGAGUGGGUAAAAGAGGAUACGUCUUAAUGAACCAGGGAAGUACUACGAGGCAGACAACCUCCAGCUCAAGGUGCCGCACCUUGAGGAUUUAGCCCGUUAGCCUGAGCUCUUGGCCUUAAUCAGCCUCUUGUUUGGCUACAGUCAGGACAGUGUUGUUGGUCACCAGUGUUGUUGACAGCAGUGUGGUUCACCGGCCUGGAGUAUAGAGCGGUUUUUGCAGCUGUUUUGAAUUGCCGUUACGCCUCGGCCAUGGGAGUGACGACCUCCAGGGACCACAGAUACCAUCAGGCUGCGGACCGACCCUUUAAGGGCUUAAGGUCACUGAAAUGCCGGAACGAGCCCCUGAGGAAGGAGGGCCCGCCGUGGAAGAGUGAGGUCCCGAUGACGGAGGGCCAGCUGCGGGGCAAGAGGGACGAGUUCUGGGACACGGCGCCGGCCUUCGACGGCAGGAAGGAGAUCUGGGACGCCCUCAGGGCGGCGGCGCUGGCCGUGGAGGUCAACGACCUGGGGCUGGCCCAGGCCAUCGUGGACGGAGCCUGUAUUACCCUGCCCCAUGGUUCCCUCACAGAGAGCUACGAUGAACUGGGCAACCGCUACCAGCUGCCCGCGUACACGCUCGCCCCCCCCGUCAACCUCCUCACAGAAACCACCUGCAGCAAAGACCUGUCCCCUGCCUCAGAGACCCCCGCCCCGGCCCCCCCGCCCAAACAGGAGUUCCAGCUCCGGGUUCGGCUGUCCAGCGGCGAGGACCUGCGUGUGACGGCCACCAUGGCCGACUCCAUCUGGGAGCUGAAGGGGAGGCUGCAGGCGCAGCACGAGAUCGACGUGUCCCAUCAGCGCUGGUUCUUCUCUGGGAAGCUGCUCACCGACAAGACCCGGCUACAGGACACCAAGGUCCAGAAGGACUUUGUCGUCCAGGUGAUCGUCAACCAACCCCCUGCGGUCACCACCGGCUAAAGGCCUAGCUAUGGUUCCACAUUGACGCAGCGCGAGGGGGUUAGAGGACCCUUACGUCCUUGCGGACCCUCUUUGUGUACCCCGCAAGGGCCUGACGUGCGCCUCGUAAAAAUGUUAACCUUGUGUCGAGGCGACGCAGCAGCAACGGCUGUGAUUGGUCCGCUCACUAAAACCCGACGCAGAACCAAAACAGGUUCACGACUGCGAAGUCGUGAAGUGACUUUGUGGUCAUUGCGUUGCGUCAACGUGGAAACAUAACUGAGCCUUACCUGAGGAGGGCUGUGUUAGGGGGGGGAGGGGGGGCGGGUUGAUGGCAGAGAUGAUGGCUGGAAGAAAAGAGGCCAGGCUGAGCAUUAUCAUAAAGGUGCAUUUAUAUUCCAGCAGUGGAUGCAGCUAACUUUUGUGUACAUUUUUGUAUUCAAAGUGGUUUAUCUUUCUUUUCUUUUUGUAAUUCUCCUUUUUAUAUCUUUCCUUUUCUCCAAACUAAAAUAGGUGUAAAAAAAAAAAGCACUGAACAAUAUUGUCGUUGAAAUGGUAGAAUUGGGAGAUUCUUAUGCUUGUCAUUUUCAACAUAAGGCCUCACCACUACACUGAGCUGGCUUGGAAUUAUUAUUUGUUCACAUGUGCCCUCCUUUUUGUUCUGCUUUCUGUCCCUGUGUUAUCAUUGACACAACAUGGUGGGUGUCCGGUUUUCUGUAGGUUUAUUUAUACGUUCUGUAUGUUGAAUUGAGAAGCGUUUAGAAUAAACAAUGCAUUAAACACCAUCUCAAUUUGACAUUUGACCAUGUAAAUAUGUAAAAUAGAUUAAGAGUGAACAUGCUGUAUUUCACAAUUGUAUAUUUCGAUUUUUUUAAGUGGUAUACUUUCUCAAGUAUGUUGCUGAAUUUAUUUAUUUUUUAUUUCACAAUUGCUGCAUUUAAAGAUGUUAUGCUCAACUUUGUAUGUAGGCCUACCAUGGGGUAUAUUAUACCAAGAUGCUACUUGUGCAAAACUGAAUUGUGAAUAAAACAUGUAAAUUUACCUAA